UCCACGCUCUGCUAAUGCACUCUUGUUCUCUCCCCACAGACGGACCUGAGGGGCAGAUGGAGGUGAGCCUGGCAUUGAAAGCAGCCGGUUUCAUUGGUCUGGAUGUGGUGGGAAUCCCAGGUAACCUGGCAAUCCUGCUGCUCUUCUGCCAUUUGUUAGUAGCACAGGGCCACAUGGCACACAAUGAGUUAAUCCUCAGCCAGCUGGUCUUCGCCAACCUGAUAGUGAUGCUGUGCCGGGGCAUUCCUCAGGCAGUGACUGCCCUGGGCAUCAACCCACAUUUCACCAAUGGUAUCUGCAGAACAAUCAUCCCCACUUACCGUGUUGGCCGUGCCAUGUCUAUCACCAUCACCUCCCUGCUGAGCUCCUACCAGUGCGUGGUCAUUGCCCCGCCCAAACCUGGCUGGACCUGGCUGAAACGCUGGGUACCUGGUCACCUCCCCCACGCCAUCAUCUUCCUCUACGGGCUCAAUAUAAUCACCUACUACUCUGCCAUACCUUAUAGUCAGGGUUUUCCCACCAACAGCACCAUUCCAGAGUUUACCCUUAACCUUGAGUUCUGCAUUGUGGUGUUCCCAGGCCGCAUGGCUUAUGUGGUCAGUGGUGCGGUGUACAUCGUCCGAGACUUCGCGUUUGUCGGCCUGAUGGCGGCGGCGGCAGUGUACGUGAUGCUGGUCCUGUAUCGGCACCGUCGGCAGGUUCAGGGCCUGCAGGGGGCCGGCCGGAAGACGGAGGAGGCUUCCCAGGCCGUCCUGCUGCUCGUGAGCACGUAUGUGGCGCUGUUCAGCUUGGACAACGUGCUGUGGGUCUACACGCUCUCUGUCUCCCGUGUGCAUCCAGCCGUCUCGGACACACGCGUCUUCUUCGCGUCGUGCUACUCCGCCAUCAGUCCUGUGCUCAUCAUCGCCACCAACAGGAAGCUGGCCACUUACUUUCAGUGUGGCUCCAAACGCAAAGCAGCAGAAAACAUACCCAAUGCCUCUCGGGCAACAAUAGCACAAUGAGAAUAUUGAAGAGUGGAACUUGGGGAGGUAGCGAGAGGGAAUGGUUGUCUCCUAUACUUGUGUGUUCUAUGGUAUCAUUUUUGUGGCCACGUUUAAUUCAAUAAUAGGCAUAACACUUGAAUGAAUAAGCAAUACGUUUUAAUAGAAGGAUGACGUGAUUUUCUCUUAUACUUGGCAAGUUGCGGCUACACAUUGUAAAACAUUUUUGAUAAAGUUAUGUGAUUCAUGUGUAUUUUCUGUGCUUUUCAUGCUUCUACACAUACAUGUAACUAAAUAAUUUAUAUAAAAAUGUAUUUUCAAAUUUAAGUGUAUGCAAUAAAUAUAU